AUGGAAAAUGAAUCAUAUUCUGAUAAUGGUGAAGAAUUUUUAAAUGAAGAACCCAUUCAAGAUGUGAAGGAUCCUAACCAAAAUAUCCAAGAUGAGGGAUCUAAUUAUGAGGAUAAAAAAAAACAGAGAUCUAUAAUUCAUAGUAAUUAUACUCUCAAUAAAGAAAGUAACAAAUAUCACUGUAAUCAUUGCAGUGUAAUUUAUAAAAUUCCUAAAGAUGGAUCAACUUCAACAUUAAGAACUCAUCUUAAAAAGAAACAUUCACAUUUAUUUUCAAAAGUUAAAGGACCAAUGGAUAAAUAUGUUAAUAUAAAAGAUUCCUUA